CAGUCGUGCUUGCUUGCCUGCCGCACACACACACUAUUCAAGGAGCGCUUAUCGACGCCAGUACUUUAUUCAUGAAAAAACAGAAGUGACAUUUCAUACUUUUUCUGCACUUGGCUUUUGUUUGCCUUUUUUUAUCAUUUUGGGCCAAACGACACGAUGGCGGUUUGUUAGGAUCUGCGUUUGAAGAGCAAGUGUGUUUUAAUUUCUUUGCGGAUCGGAGGCUCUGCGAUGCCCUCUGAUUUCACGUCGCUUUUUAGCGCGGAUAUCGACCUCGAUUCGCCCAAGUCUCUCUACUCCAAAGAGUCAGUAUAUGAUCUUCUUCCCAGAGAGCUGCAGCUUCCAUCUUCGAGAGAGGAGAACGCAGCCGAUAUGAGUCAAAAAAGCGGUGGAGAGGCCGGACCACCCCCGACAACAGCGAUCGGCACCGAUGCCUCCUCUGCCAUGACCACGGGAAGUCCUCGCAGUACUUAUCCUACCUCUUCCAGUUCAUCCUCACAGUCCACGCCGGCUUCGGAAUGGACCACGGCGCAGGAAAGUGGCACGGCGGGAGAUGCAGGUGGCCGAAGGAAAGCAGAGGAAAGCAAGCUCUCCGGCGGUUCCAGGGUUUGUGGAGAAAAGGGUGCCGGAACCAGCCAGCAGCAACACCAGAUGACGCCCUCCAAGCGUCCUGUUCUCAACAUCUCGCCUCCACCUGAGGACCUGUUUGAUGAUAGCCAAAUGUCUUGCCAGGACGAGCUGCAGCUUGACUCCGAGCAGAGCAACAGCAUCUGGAUGGAAAAGUCGGCCUCUAACUUCAGCAUCGUGAGCUCCAGCUCUUACAAUGACAACACCGAAGUGCCCCGCAAGGCCCGCAAGUGUAACCCACGGCAGAAGCCAGGACCAAAGCCAGCCUCUGCUGAAGAGCCCAGCAUGGACGUCUUUGAUGCAGAUAGUGCCAAAGGCCCACACUUUGUACUCUCGCAGCUUGGCCCAGACAGCAAGGCCUGUUCCAAAGCAAGUUCUGAGGGACCACAAGCAUCCGGUCACAAAGGUGUGAUACUGUCUGGUCAGUAUCCUCAGAAAAGCGAAGGCAAAGAACUGAAGAUUCUGGUACAGCCUGAGACGCAACAUCGAGCGCGCUACCUGACCGAGGGCAGCCGAGGGUCCGUCAAAGACCGAACGCAGCAGGGUUUCCCUACUAUCAAUCUCGAUGGAGUGAAGGAGCCAGUGGUCCUUCUCAUUUUUGUGGGCAACGAUGCUGGACGUGUCAAGCCCCAUGGCUUCUACCAGGCCUGUCGGGUAACGGGCCGCAACACAACCACCUGUAGAGAAGUAGACAUUGAAGGCACCACUGUCAUCGAAGUGCCUCUGAACCCAAGCAGCAAUAUGACUUUAGCCGUGGAUUGUGUGGGGAUCCUGAAGCUCAGGAAUGCUGACGUGGAGGCCCGUAUCGGGGUGGCCGGAUCUAAGAAGAAGAGCACCCGAGCCAGGCUGAUUUUCAGAGUCAACAUCCCACGGCCCGAUGGCUCUGUGCUCACGUUACAGGCCUCCUCUUCUCCCAUACUGUGCACUCAGCCUGCAGGAGUACCUGAGAUUCUCAAGAAGAGUUUGCACAGCUGUUCGGUCAAAGGCGGGAGUGAAGUCUUCAUUAUUGGAAAAAACUUCCUCAAAGGAACCAAAGUUAUAUUUCAGGAAAACGCUUCAGAUGAUAAGUCAUGGAAGGCAGAGGGAGACAUCGACAUGGAUUUUUUCCAUCAGAAUCAUUUAAUAGUCAAAGUCCCUCCAUAUCAAAACCAGGCUAUCACAUCUCCUGUGUCUGUUUGUAUCUAUGUUGUAACAAACGCUGGACGUUCCCAUGAUUUGCAACCAUUUACAUACACUCCAGAACCAGUUGUUGAUUCCUCAGUGAAGAAGGAAGUCUUGCCUCCAGUGACUCCCUGUUGUUUUGAACAAAUAAAAGUACUAGAUAGUGCCUUUAUGACCCCGGUUAUGUCUCUUGUUAAACAAGAAGAGGCGACUCCGAUGGAGGUCUCCAGUAACCCCUCUGCCUUUAAGCAGACCUCCAAUGUCAUCAAUUCAGCCCAGCAAGCCUUAGAUAUGAGUACCGAGAUUUCCGCCAACAGCUGCACGUUUUCUAGUCCUCUGACCCACCAAACCCGAGAACAGGAGCAGUCCCAGAACUCCGGCUUUUCCAACAAAGAAGCAUUCAGCACCAUCCAGGAACAGGACCUUGCCCCCAGCGGCUCUUUCCACGUGCCUAGUAAAUCUCUUCUCCAGCAAGGAGUUCAGCCAUUCCUCCUGGAACACAGAGACGGCCUCGGACAGGAGAGAUCCACCAAAACCGGCGGUUCGGUGGUGGGACAUUCGCCAAUAGACGACAGCCCGCAGCAACAGCUUUCGCUACUGCCCCCGGAUGAGGUGGCACAGCUAGAGCAAGCUGUGCGGCAACUCCAAGCGAAGGGAUUCUGCAACAUUCAACUUCAGACUGAGAAUUCUCUGUCAAAGCAGCGACAGCAUCAUCUUCAACAACAGCAGCAGCAGCAAAUUCAGCAACAACAACAGCAGCAGCAGCAAAUUCAGCUUCAGCAGCAAAUUCAUCAACAAGAGCAGCAAAUUCAACUUCAGCAACAAAUUCAGCAACAAGAGCAGCAAAUUCAACUGCAGCAACAGAUCCAACAACAAGAGCAGCAAAUUCAACUGCACCAGCAGAUCCAACAACAAGAGCAGCAAAUUCAACUGCAGCAACAGAUCCAACAACAAGAGCAGCAAAUUCAACUGCAGCAGCAAAUUCAGCAACAACAGCAGCAGAUCCAACAACAAGAGCAGCAAAUUAAACUGCAGCAGCAGCAUGUUCUGGAGAACCUUCAACAUCACCUCUUUCAGCCUCCAGUUCAACUUCUUUGUAGUUCGGAGCAGCAAGGAUCUUCACAGGUUAUGGUGCAGAAUGGAUCUCCUCUCUUCCAGCAGACACCACCACCCCAACAACAGCAGCAGCAGGCAGCCAUGUUCCAGCAAGCCAAGGAGCUCAUAUCCAUCCAAACUGGCUUUCUUCAACAGCAACCCAAUCAUUCCUCACAGUCCCUCUUUCACACCUCCACAUCCAUGACUGAAGCGCAAAGCCCACAGGAAGCUCUUUUUCACACUCAGAAGACCUCGCCCAACCAGGAUCAAAUCCAAGCUUCUCUUUUCCAAAGCAAUGUCACGGUUCUCAGUGGGUCCAACAUGGCCACAGACGAUCAGCCCUCUACGACCAGCAUGUUUAUUUCCCAGAAUAGCGUACCUGGUCAAAUCCCAGUCAACAGCAGUCAACCUCAGCAACUGGCUUUCCUCACGUCUUCUUUAGAGGCCCCAUCCGUGUUUCAGACUCCAACACAGCUAUCCCCCAUUCAGCAAAGCACUCCAAUGGAACAGCAACAGUCACCCCAACAGGCCCAACCUGGAUCUAUUUUUCAAAGCAUCUCCCAGUCACCAAGCAAACUUUCCUCUGGCCAGCAGCAGCCGCCCGGUUUACUCCUCAGUUCCCUAACUUCUACGGUAACACAAGAGCAAACCUCCAGUCUGUUAUUUGGUGGCCAGAACAACAGCAGCCUAAGUUCUCCAGAACAACAGAACUCUUCUCUACCUUUUAGCAUCAGGCAACAGGAGCCACCUGAGCCCAUGACAUAUCAUGAUCAGAGUGCUAUGGUGGUCACUCCAUCCUCAAACAAGCCCAUGUUCCAGGACCAGCAACCCAUGCAGCUUGCGUCCAGUUCUGGGAGUGGCCCUUCGCAGUCUCUAAACCUCUACAUGGCUCAACCUAACAUGCCAGGGGGAGUGGCUCCUCAAGAAACCCUUUUCGUGCCGCAGAGUGACAUAACUGGUAUUCAGACCAGCACUUCAUCACCUGUACAACAGCCUGGUCCCAUUUUUCAGACCACAAUGAGUGGAGGCCUCAACCAGCCCAACCAAAAUCAGCAGCCCAAUCUGUUCCUCUUUGAGAUCCAGAAUGAGUGCCAUCAACUGAUGAACUCUCAAGGAACUACACUCUCUGAUCAGAUUAUCGGCAUCAAUCAGUCUGGUCCAACUCAACAAGACAGAGAGGUCCAGUCUUUACUUGGUCAGUCCAUGUCAGACACCGGAUCUGUGCAAACCCCCAUGACAACGUCUCAGAACAUGGAGAAGAUUGAUGACCUUCUGGUUAGCCUUCAGGAGCAAGGCAAUAACAUCUCUCACUCCUAUUAGGGCCUUUUGGGUUUAUCUGCCCAGUAUCUCCAUUCCAUAUAUGAGUGUAGUUAUUUCCUGCACACACAUUGUAUAUUUGGAUGACCUGUAAAUUGGAUAUUGCAAUAUUUUCGAUGCCGGACUCAGAGACAUGUUUCUGAUGCCCCAAAUAGUGAAUCUUAGAAAUAACUGUCAGAGAGCACUUUAGGACUGGAUUGAAAAAAAAAACAGACCACACUGUAUGGGGGACAACAAUUAUGUCUCAGUAGCAUCACUACAAACAAGAACUUUAAUUUUAGACACCAUAUUUCUCUAAGUGAGCCUUUGUGAUGUUGUUUUGUGCUGUGAAGUAAACAUCAUAAAAUAUUAAAAGCUGGGUUCACAUAUUUUGAUUCAAACACUCGGAAAUAAGGCUUCUCUUUUUAAAAUAUUUGUAAACACUCAAUUUAUACCUUUUCAAUUUCAGUACACUUAAGUAUCUAUUGAUAAGGUAUUUUUUUAUUUUAAUUCAUAAGUCAACACACAAGAGAAAUUUUUUUAAUUUAACAAUACAAAAUUGUCUACUACUAGCACUUUAAAUAUAUUUUCAGUGUGUUUAGUUACUUUUGACUUUCAUUAGACUUUCUAUCUCAAAUCAUGGUUACUGUAAAUGUAACCUUUUUUUCAUCUGUCUAGACUGUGUACUUUAGAUUGGACCUGUUAAUGCCAUCAAUUAGAAAUGCACAUUCCUGGUUAGAUAUCUGAUCCAAUAUUAUCAGAAUCGUAAAAAACAUUCAGACUUCCUCUCUUAAUUUUGGUUUACACAAGUCAUUUCUUGCCAUCUCAUUUAGAUGACGCCCGCUCUUUGCAUGUCUGAAUAUUGUAUACGUUUGUGUGUCUUUAUUUUAUGAUAAGAUCUCUAAAAGUAAAUCUUUAUUAAAAAGUAUCUUUAUUCUUAUACAGAAUCUGAAAUAUUGACAUGUGAUGUUAUAUUGUGUCUUUGUGUGUGAUUAUCUCAUUUUAUGAGCCAGCGUCUGGUACGCUGAAAUAGGACAUGUUGCUUUCUUUGCAAAUAAUUGUCUGACCAGUAUUACCAACAAGUUCUCUGAAUAUACUGACAAACAGUAUAUGCUUGGGCAGCAACUCUUUUUAGGACCGAUCGCUGUAUAGAAAUAUUUUUUUAUCAAGUUCUGACCAUGUCAAGACCUCAGACCACGUCGAGUUUACUCUGUCAUUUAUCUACAUAAUUAAUAAUUAGAUUUUCUGGUUCAGUUGGUUCAAUUUUUCUAUAUUUGGUUGUGAAGUGAAUUUGUUUUGAAUGUACAAAAACACUGUGUGAGUUCUGUUGAUGAGCUUACACUGUUUUGGUUAAAGGUCAAAUUGUUGACUACGUUCUUUGCUCAGAACCAACUUUUGUAGUCGAGAAUAUUUUAACCUCGGUUUGGAAAGGGUGAAGGGUGCUCUCAUACGUCUCUGCAUGGGGAAGAACUGUGAACUUUAACUGGAUAAAGAGCUUUCCAUAACUCUGUAAAAAUAUGAUUUUUGUCCUUUUUUGCUUUCCAUAGUACUCAUUAUUUAUAUGAAUAUUUACAUUGUUCACCAUACCUCUUUUAGGAAAGUAUUAAUUUAUUUUUGUUAAUGUUGUGUUUAGAGUUUUCACAAUUAGAAUCAAUGGCUAUAUUACAUUUUAACGCAUCUGGAGAAAUGUUACAGGAAUUUUUAUUUACAUUGUUGUUUUAUUUUUUAUUGUUUAAAGGAGAAAGCAUAAGUGUACAGCCCACAUACUAUUGCAACAUGAUAGAAAUUUGGAAUCUAUAUGAUAGUGCACAGUAAUACGGUUGUACGUUCCUGUUUAAACUCUCAUUAUCGAAAUUGGUAAAAAUAUAUAAUCAUGGUUCCUAUCACUGCAAUUUUUUUAAUCAAAAACAACUUGAGUUCAUAGUGUGAUUUCAUUAAGCUUGUAUGAUUCAAAUAUUCACAUUGGGAGUUUUUAUUUUAAUAUGGGUGAAAUAAUGUUGGAAAAACUAAAAUAUUUUAAAAGUGCAAGUACAAUUCAAGUACUUUAUUAUAUAUAUUUUUUAUUUACCAAUUCAACAUAAUGUUAUUGACACUUGGCAUAAUAUAACUAGACUAAUAUAUCCAGACACUACAUUUAUACCAAGCAAUAUACCUCUGAAACACAAUUUUAUAUUGGUCACAUGAACUGGAGUUUAAUCAUAGCUGUGCCUUUGAAAAGCAGAUUAUCUAGUUACCAUUGCCUAUUUUGACAAGGUUAUUACCCUUCAGUAGUUUCAAGAAAGACACACUUUGCAGUUAACUAGAAAAGAGGAUGCUAUUUUAUAUAUUUUUUUAAUAUUAUACAUUCUCGGUUUUUAAUGUUGUACAGUCAAUAUAUUGCAAUAAACUGCUAUGCAGUUAGACUGAGAGCAAGAAAAAAACUUUUCAUAUUCAGUUCACUUAUUUAAUCUUUUAACUAAGAGAAACUUUUAAUGUAAUAGCUCUGUUGCUUACUGAAGUAUGAUGAUUCCUAAUGUGUCAUAUUAAAUGUCACAAUAUAAUGUCAUUCUUAUCACAAGCUGUUUGUGUGAGUUUAUUAGCAACGUCAAACAGAUGUUUGAUGUCUCUGAUUUGUUGUCAUGACUAAUAGUCAACGCUGGAUGUGAAGCUUCUAAAAUAUACAUUAAUUGUGAAACAAUUUAUAAAAAUGCAUUCAUAAAAGUUUGUGCUUUUGUUUGCCAUUUGUAUACUCGCAGCUUUUUUCUGUAAAUGUGCUACAAUAUAUCAAUAAAAAUAGUCCAGUUU